GGCCCCGGCCCCGGCCCCGGCCCCGCCAUGAACGGGCUGUCGGUCAGCGAGCUGUGCUGCCUCUUCUGCUGCCCACCCUGCCCGGGCCGCAUCGCCGCCAAGCUGGCCUUCUUGCCGCCCGAGCCCACCUACGCGCUGCUGCCCGAGCCGGAGCCCGCACCGGGGGCCGGGGCCGCGCCGUCGGGGAGCCUGCGGGCCUCGGGGGCCGCCCCCGGCCGCUGGAAGCUGCAGCUGAGCGAGCGCGCUGAUUUCCAGUACGGCCAGCGCGAACUGGAUGCCAUGGAGGUCUUCCUGACCAAGAGCAGCCGCGGCAACCGUGUGGCCUGCAUGUAUGUGCGCUGCGCGCCCGGCGCCAGGUACACGCUGCUGUUCUCGCACGGCAACGCGGUGGACCUGGGCCAGAUGAGCAGUUUCUACGUGGGCCUGGGCUCCCGCCUCGGCUGCAACAUCUUCUCCUACGAUUACUCGGGCUACGGCGCCAGCUCGGGCCGGCCCUCUGAGAAGAACCUCUACGCUGACAUCGACGCCGCCUGGCAGGCGCUGCGCACUAGGUACGGGAUCAGCCCCGACAGCGUGGUGCUGUACGGCCAGAGCAUUGGGACUGUGCCCACGGUGGACCUGGCGGCCCGCUAUGAGUGCGCUGCGGUGGUGCUGCACUCGCCGCUCACGUCAGGCAUGCGGGUGGCCUUCCCAGACACCAAGAAGACCUAUUGCUUCGACGCCUUCCCCAACAUCGAGAAGGUGUCGCGCAUCUCGUCGCCGGUGCUGGUGAUCCACGGCACGGAGGACGAGGUCAUCGACUUCUCGCACGGCCUGGCGCUGUACGAGCGCUGCCCGAAGGCGGUGGAGCCGCUGUGGGUGGAGGGCGCCGGCCACAACGACGUGGAGCUGUACAGCCAGUACCUGGAGCGCCUGCGCCGUCUGCUCUCACACGACCUGCAGGCCCAGCGCUAGUGGCCGGUCCGACGAGAGAUUAAAGAGUUUCCGUUUCAGGGGCA